CGACCAUUAUGUUGCCUUGGAAGAAGAACAAGUUUGAGCUGAUAGAGGAAGAGAAGCUGCCGUCCAAGCAGAAGGGUUAUGCCGUCAGUCUCAACUACUCGGCGCUCACUUCGUUCGCCAAAUCCUGCCCGGAGAGCGCGCUCAACCGAGUCGGCAGCAUGUUCAAAUCCAAGAGGAAAAAGGUGAGAAUCACCAGCGAGGACCCCACGUACACGGUCCUGUACCUGGGCAACGCCACCACCAUCCAGUCCAAGGGGGAGGGAUGCACGGACGUGGCCGUCAGCAAGAUCUGGGGCAAGAGCGAGAUGGGCAAGAACGGCACCAAGAUGAAACUCACCAUCAGCUCGCACGGUAUCCGGAUGGUGCACGUGGACGAGAAGGCAAAGCGACCGGGACAUUUGUAUUUAUUGCACCGAAUCACAUACUGCGUCGCAGACCCGCGGCUCCCCAAGAUCUUCGCCUGGGUCUACCGGCACGAGAUGAAGCACAAGGCGGUGAUGCUGCGCUGCCACGCCGUGCUGGUGUCCAAGCCGGAGAAGGCGAAGGCCAUGGCGCUGCUCCUGUACCAGACCUCGGCGACAGCUCUGGCGGAGUUCAAGCGGCUCAAGAGAAGGGACGACGCCAGGCACCAGCAGCAGCAGCUGAUCGGGGAGCAGACGAUCCCUCUGGUGCCCCUGAGGAAGCUGCUCAACGGACAGUGCUGCUACAAGCCGCCGGUGGAGCGCAGCAGGAGCGCACCCAAACUGGGCUCCAUCACGGAGGACUCGGUCGGAGAGGAAGAGGAGGAGAAAGCGACGCACUUCGAGUGCGAGGAUAUUCUGGACACGGACGACGACUGCGUGGCCAACGGCAAGCAGCAACAACAACUGUGCCAGAUUAUCAACGAUUUGGGCUGCAUGAGUAUCGGGAACGACGUGCAGACGCUGAAGGCUGACCUGAGGGUGACUCGCCUGCUGUCCGGGGAGAGCACUGGCAGCGAGUCCUCCAUAGACAGCAACCAAGAGCCUGUGUGUGUCCCCAAUGGCAUACUGGAUGGAAAAAUGCAGGAGGUCGGCUGACUUGCCUUUAAUAAACUCGUUUCAUGUAGCCGGACACUUGGAUUCAAAGGCAGACUGCUGCUUACCCAGACAGCACCCUUCAUAGUUAGGCAGCUCACUGAUUAGGAAAACCCCAAAAUGCUGUCUAGGAUGGCAUGAAGGCCAUGGAGUAGAUUAUUUAAUCCACCAGAGCUGCAAUAAGACGCUUAAAGUCUCUGAAAGAGGUUUUAGGAAAGAUCUUGUUUACCUCAAGGAAAUGCUUUUAAAUAAGAAACACAACAGUCCUAAAUAUAUAUGUAACUCAUUUCCCUUUCUCUCUUUCAUUCUUAUGGAAGAACUGUCUAAAUCUACUGAAUGUGUUACAAAGCUUUCCUUUUAUGUUCCGUUUGUAUGUUUUUGAUUUUGCACUAGGGUGAAAUUCAGACAAGUAUUACGUUAUUAUUUAUGUGCAUAACAUUAUUUUCCUAUGAAUGUUUAUACAGACAUGUUUAAUCUUUGCUGUGCAAAAGAGAAAAUAUCCUGAUGUACAGAGAUGUAUAUAAUGUGUAAACAAAAUGCAUUAUUUUUUAAAGAAUGUGGUUGUUUGUUUCUGUAAACACCAAUAAAAAUGUCAAACGUA